UUUCCCUGUUUUCUUGGUGCAUAUUAGCUGAAAAAGAUUGAGAUAGGAAUGGUGAAGCUCGGGAUCCCUACAUUAUUUCUCUUCAGUAUUUUCUUGGUAGCCCUGCCUAAGACACUUUCCCAACUGCCGAGGCCAAUACCACCACCCCGUCCACUUUGCGCUUCCCAAUUCGCCCUGGUGAACUAUGCAUGUGGCAGAGUGCCACUUUUCCCAUUGGCACCUCGAACACCUCCCCCACCUCCUCCAUCCCCUGACUCCCCAGAAGGACAAAAACACGAGCAUAGACACGGUCACAGGCAUAGGCAUAGGCAUGAGCCCCACGAGACACCUGAACAGCAUAACUGUUGUCGAUGGUUAAAGGAGGUGGAUCAUGAGUGUGUAUGUGAAGUUCUGGUUCACUUGCCCGCCUUCCUUUCCAGGCCUAACCAUGACUACACUGUAUUUGUUGAUGAAACCUGCAGCUACACCUACACAUGUGGAGGGCGAAUAAUAAGACCAUGAUGCAGCUCAUUUUCAUCUUGACUUAGUUUAACUAUUCUAUAGAAUAUUGAAUUAUGGCUAUAUCUGCUUUUAAUUUCGAGUUUGGUGCGAACAUAUAUUGCUACAUGUGUGUAUGUGUGCUUGUUUUUUUUUUUUUUUUUCAUUUUCAA